AUGAACUCAGAUACAAGAAACAAGCAUAUAAACAUCGUUCUCUUUGGGCAGGGAGGAGCAGGCAAAAGCUCACUCAUCAAUCUCAUUGCGGGAAUGAACGUAGCAGAGACAUCCAGUGACCUGUCACGCUGUACGCUGAAGUGGGAGGAAUAUCCCAUAAAAUUCGAUGGCGCCUCUUACAAUAUAUUCGAUACUGUCGGACUCGAGGAACCACAGCUGGGAAUCCCACAGUAUCUCGAUGCUGUCGAGAAUGCUCAUGGUCUCAUCCACAAGUUGGAGGAACAAGGCGGCAUUGAUUUACUCAUGUUCUGCAUGCGCGCAGGCCGACUCACCGCCACGCUUCAAAACAAUUACCGGCUCUUUAACGAAUUCCUUUGUGAAAAGAAGGUCCCUAUCGUUAUAGUGAUAACAUAUCUCGAAAACGAAGUCGGGGAGAUGGAUGACUGGUGGAAGAGAAACCAAGAUACUUUCCGUCACCAGGAGUUCUAUGUCGAUGGUCAUGCGUGCAUCACCGCCAUUCGAGGCAAUUGUCCAGAACGGCAUGAGCAAUCGCGCACCACGAUCCGCAAACUUGUCAAGGAGUUCACUGCUGACGGGCAGAAGCGAGCAUGGAGAGGAGGAGACAACCUGUUCGUGUCGUUGAUGCAAAAGAUGAGGGGGCUAGUUUUGGGAAAAUCGCGUUCGAAGAAGGAUAAUAUUGCCCCUCGCCUUACCAAGAGGUGCGGUUUGUCUCCGGACGUAGCAAAGCAAUUGGCCGAUAGGAUUAAGAAAGACGUGGGAGCUACUUGA